AAAUUUUUUUUGUUUGUUUGACCAUCAUCAUCCAUUAGUUGAAUGAUUUUUCAUUAGUUUCUGAUUUUCUUUAAAACGGUGAUCAAUUUUAGUCAGUGAAAAUAUUUUUAAAAAAUGUUUGCCAACAACGUUUUCAUCUGGUUUUGUUUUCUACUAUCAUUUUCUUCAUUUUUAAAUGCCAUUCCAUAUCCACUCGAUAAUCAACAACAAUCAAUAGGUAUUGGUACUAAACCAAGAUUAAAAUCAUUCAAUUUUGAAUCAAAUAUAUUGGAUGGACAAACUGUACGUGUAUUUUGUCAAUUAAUUGAUGGUAGUCAACCAUUAUCAUUUCAAUGGUUAAAAAAUGGACAACCAUUAUCAUCGACAACAUCGAUACAACAUUCUUCUUCUUCAUUACCAUAUUAUACAUCAUCAUCAUUACCAUCAACAACAUUAACCAAUUCAAUUGAUAUACAAACAUUUUCUGAUUAUUCAUCAUUAGCUAUUUAUCGUAUUGAUCGACAACGUGAUUCGGGAAAUUAUACUUGCCUAGUAUCAAAUAGUUAUGGUUCUGAUCAAUAUAGUUCAUUAUUGAUUGUACAAGAACCACCAAGUUUUCUAGAAAAACCUUCGGAUAUAACGAUUGGUUUAAAAAAAUCAAUAUUGCUAAAAUGUCGUGCUACAAUAUCAUCAUCAUCAUCAUCAUCAAUGAUGCAAGGACAUCUGAAACCGAUAAUUAAAUGGAAUCGUUUAUUAUUCGAUAACGUUGGAUCAUCCGUACUGUCUAAUAAUAUGGCCAUUCCAGAUGCUAGACGUGAACAAAUAUCCAGUGGUGAACAAUUACAUUUAACAGAUAUUCGUAUUGAAGAUGCUGGCAUAUAUGAAUGUAUGGCUGAAAAUCCACAUAAUCGUUUGACAAUAAGUCAUCAAUUUACUAUAACUGUUAAUGUUCCAGCAUAUUUCAAAAUAAAAACCGAUCAAAUUGAAGUAAAACGUGGUGAAACUGCAAAAUUAAUUUGUGAAGCAUUUGGUGCACGACCAUUACAAAUUGAAUGGCUAAAACAACAAUCAAUAACUGGUGAAUUUAAACGAUUAGAUUUGGACUAUGUUCCGGAUUUUGUUAAUUCAUUUCCACGUUAUACUGCAUUGGAAAAAAAUUUUGAUUCAACAUAUUUUGAACAAUGGGAAUUCAAUUCUCCACAAAUCAAUAAUAAUAAAGAAUCAAUGAAAUCAAUACCUUAUGUUAAUAAUAACCGAACAUUAUUUGAAUUACAUAUAAAUUCAGUUGAUUCAAUGGAUAAUGGUCAAUAUGGUUGUCGUAUAUGGAAUGAUUAUGGUGAAGAUAUACGACGAAUAAAUUUAUUUGUACAAGAUGUACCUGGUCAGGUUCGUCAAUUACAAUUAGAUCAAAUAUGGACAAGUGAAGCAUCCAUAAGUUGGUCAACACCUGAAUCAAUUGGUAAUUUACCAUUAACACAAUAUCUGCUACAAUAUUGGAAAGAAAUUCGUCUGCCAAAUUUGACAAUGAUAUCAUCUGGUUCUCGUUUACAUGAAAUUGAAUUACAACCAACAAUAACAAAUUAUAUGUUAAAAAAUCUACAACCUGGAACAUUAUAUGCUGUACGUGUAAUUGCUGUAAAUCAAUUUGGUCAUGGACAAUCAGGACAAUUAUUACGUUUUCAAACUGAACAAGAAUCACCAAGUUCAUCACCAAUUGAUAUUUUAGCUGAACCACAAGGUACAACAGCUAUACAUAUUAAAUGGAAAGCACCACCAAAAAAUCAUUGGAAUGGUCAUCUAAAAGGUUAUUAUCUUGGUUAUCGUUUAAUCAAUAUUGAUGAUCAACAACAACAACAAAUUAAUAAUAACAACAACAACAAUGAUAUUUCAUUGAAUAACAACAACAACAACGCACAACAACAACGUAUUUAUAAACAAAUUGAAUUUAACGGUUUGGCUGAUGAUAAUUAUCAAGAAGAAUAUAUACUUUCCGGAUUGAAUAAAGGAACAUUAUAUGGAAUAAUUUUAAAAUGUUUUAACGAUGUUGGUGAAGGUCCUAGUUCACCGGAAGUAUUUGUUUCAACAGCAAUCAAAGAUCCACCACCAAAACCAACAUUAACAUUGGUUGAAACAAAAGAAAAUUCAGUGCUAAUUAAAUGGAAUAAAGAUUUAUCAAUGGAUGAUGAUAUUAGUCAUUUUAUCCUCGCAUAUAAAGAAGAUAAAAAAUCUAAAUGGAUGGAAUUAGAAUUGGUUAAAUCAAAAUUAAUCAACGAUGAUAAUAAUGAUGAACAAUAUUAUUAUUAUAAUCUAAAUGGAUUACAACGUGGUACCAAUUAUCAUCUGUAUUUACGUUCAAUAAAUCGUUUGGAUAAAAAUUCAAUAUCAGAACCAAGUGAUCAGCUAACCAUACGUACCGAAGGUGAAGGAUCAUCAUCAUUAAUGAAUAUGCUCAAUUCGAAUAUUGAAUCGCCGCAAUCACCGCAACAAUCGUAUCAUGCAAUUGCAGCCAUUCCAACGGCUGCAUUUUUACCAACAUUAUCAACGAAUUUUCAUCAACCAUCAUUACAACAACAAGUGCCUCCAUAUUUUCGUAUCAGUUUUAUAAUUCCGAUUGCCAUUGCUAUCGUUGUCAUUGUUAUUGCUUGUGUUGGUGCUUAUGUUUAUAUUCGUAUUGAUGAUCGUAAUCAACAGAUAAAAUUAUAUAAUUCUACUGCUGCCGUUGCUGCUAAUGUUAACGCUGUUCAACAUCAUGGUACAUUGGCUAUUGGACCGGGUAAACGUUUUCAAUAUAUUUCACCCGGUAAUGGUCAUAAUAAUGGAAAAAUAUUCAAUCAAUCAAUAACACCAUCAUCAUUAAAUUCAAGUGCAGGAUUAUUACGUGAUAAUUCUUGUACGCAAAGUUUAGUUUCCGAAGAAAGUAGCCUAUCGUUUCGUUAUUCAGAUAGUUCAUCGGAUAAAGGAAGACCAUUAUUAUCAAGACCACCAUUAUCAUCAAAUGCAUCAAUGAUACCAUCAGGUGUACAAUGGGCACAACAACAAUCACCAAUACCAGAAGAAGAUGAAUCAGCUGCUGGUAAUAUUGUUGAUUUAGAUUCAACAACAUAUGAAACAUUACCAUUUCAAAAAAAUGAACAAUUCAAACAAUCAACACCGAAUAUGCAAAGUUUUCAACAACAACAAUCCAAAUCACCUGCAUUUCCACCACCACCACCACCAUUACCUGGUGCAACAAUAUUUAAAGCAUCACCAUUAAAUAGGCCAAAUAACAGCAACAACAACAAUAUGUUCUGUCAUCAUGUUGAUGUACAUCAUACACAAUCAUCAUCAUGUGCAACAUCAGAUGCAAAUAAUUCCGAUUCAUAUGAUGAUUUUCGUUUUUUUUCACGUGUUUAAAAAUUAAAUUUUUUUCUGUGUGUUUUUAUAUAUCGACUACGCAAUAUUCAAUGCUGUGAUCAAUGCUCAUUCAAUUUUAUUCACUGAUGACAAACGUAAAAAAACAACAUCGAAAUUCAAAAUUUUUCAUUUUUCCAAAAAUAAACAAAAUUCUGUGAUUUAAUAUAACUCUAUAGAGAUUGCAUGAAAUAACAAAAGUUUUUUUUUGAUUACAAUUUACAAUUGAAUCAUCAUCAUUAGCAAAAAAUCAAUUAAUUUGUUUAACGAAACAAUUAGUAAAAAAAUGUGACUAAAACACAACAACACACGUGUAAAUAUAUUAACCAAGAAUUCAUCACCAAAAUCACAUCACACAAACACAAAAAGUAUCCAUUUUUUUUUGUUUGAAUGAAUUUUUUUCUUCUGUUGAUUGGUUUUCAUUUUGAAUUCCAAUCAUUUUAUUUGUAUAUAUAAAAAAUAUGUUUUUCAUUAUCUAAGUGGGGGGUGUGAUAAAUAGUUAAUUAAUUAAUCAAUUAAACGAUGAUCGAUAUUUACUGAUCGAUUUGAAUCAAUA